UCAGCAUACGGGUUUGACAGCCUCUCCAGUCUGCAGAGUGGCUCCAGAAAGGCAUACAGGGAAUAAUUACAGCCAAACAGAGAGAAAAAGAGUCAUGACAUGAAGAAUCUCCUUCUGAUGUGCCGCCCAGCAACACUGGAUCUUGGUGACUGACAGUCAGCACUAUGUGAAAGCUUCACUGUUCUGUGCAAUUAAUGUUAACCUGAGGAGGACCAGUCAUGAAAGGAAUGGAAAUAUUUAAGAAUGCCUUGGUCAUCUUUGCCCUCGCAGUGACACUUAUUUUGGAAACAAGGAACUUCAAUGAAUAUUCAAGUGUUGUUUUACCGGAACACAAUGAAGAAGACGACUUUCUACCUCACACCCGGCAGAGAAGGAAUGCACUUUCAAGCCAAAGGAAUUACACCAUUGAUGUUGUAGUGAACGCAUCUGAUGCAGUAACAUUUCAGGGCAUUCUGUCUGCCUUGAAUGCUACCAGAUUUCCCAUACAGCUCGAUAACAACACAGAGGUCUCCGAGAUUGGCGUCACAACAGUAUGUUUCUCAACCAGCUCCGGCUUCAAGUGUCGAUGCGAGGAGCAGUUUGCUUGGUCGUACAACAGCUGUGUUACAUAUGGAGCCUGUGAUGACAUAUCCAACGGUGUCUGUAAAUGCAUCAAUGCUAUUCCACCUGAUGGCCAGUCCUGCCAGCUGAUAUCAGAGCUGCUGACUCAGGUCGAGUAUGAAGUUGAAGUGGAGCUUAAUGUCACAGAUAUGGAGACAGUGGAGCACCUCAGGAGGCUACUGAUCAAUGGCAGCUAUUCUCUGGCUUUGGGCCCCAACGUGAACGUCACACACGUUAACUUGACUACAGUUUGCUCUCCGACCAACGAUGGAUUCCAGUGCAGAUGUGAGGAUCAGUAUCGCUGGUCAUGUGACCAGUGUCUAAAGUACGGAUCCUGUGACAACAUCACUGAUAACACAUGUGGAUGCAUCAGUACGAUUCCUCCUGAUGGACAGUACUGCCAGUCUGUGGAUCAACACAGUAAGAACUUUGAUUGGAUUUGCUUUGACGACUGCCUCCCUGCAGCUCCUGCAGUUGUUCAUGAAUACCUGAUUUCUGUUGAGCUGAACACCACAGAUGUCACACUGAUCGAUCAACUGAGGAACGUUCUGAGGAGCAUCAGUUACCCCAUCAGCCUGAGCCAGCAAGUGCAACUGUCUGCUGCCAACAUGGCUACAGUUUGCUCUCCGACCAGCGAUGGUUUCCAGUGCAGAUGUGAGGAUCAGUAUCGCUGGCCAUGUGACCAGUGUCUGAAGUAUGGAUCCUGUGACAAUAUCACUGAUGACACAUGUGGAUGCAUCAGUACGAUUCCUCCUGAUGGACAGUACUGCCAGUCUGUGGAUCAACACAACUUUACAGCUUGCCCUCUCACAACCACAACUCCACCAUCAACAAAUUCAACAACAGUUUCAACAACAACUGUCAACACAACAGCUUCCACAGCACCAAACACAAACCUAACAAAUACCACAACUGUUCCACCAACGACAGGUGUAACAAAUUCAACAACAGUUGCCACAACUGGUAUCAACUCUACAACUGCUGCAACAACUGUAACAAAUUCAACAACAGCUGCCACAACAGCCAUGAAUAUUUGCUCUCCGGCCAGCGAUGGUUUCCAGUGCAGAUGUGAGGAUCAGUAUCGCUGGCCAUGUGACCAGUGUCUGAAGUUUGGAUCCUGUGACAAUAUCACUGAUGACACAUGUGGAUGCAUCAGUACGAUUCCUCCUGAUGGACAGUACUGCCAGUCUGUGGAUCAACACAGCUUUACAUCGUGUCAUCUUACAACAACAACUCCACCAUCAACAAACACAACUCCAAAUAUGACGACAGUGAGCAACACUACAACACCCACACCGACAACAAUAGCUACAACACCUCCUGCAGUUGUUCGUGAAUACCUGAUUUCUGUUGAGCUGAACACCACAGAUGUCACACUGAUCGAUCAANUUGUGUCUGUCAAUUCAACAACAGCUGCAACGACAAUUGUAACAAAUUCAACAACAGUUGCUACAACAAAUGCAAAUACAACAGUUAUUACAACCCCAACAACACCUGUAACAAAUUCAACAACAGCUGCCACAACAGUCAUGAAUACAACAACAGUUAUUACAACCCCAACAACAACUGUAACAAAUUCAACACCUGCUGCCACAACAGGUUUCAACACUACAACAGCUGCAGUAACGCCUGUAACAAAUUCAACAGUUGUGACACCAAACAUGGACACAACAGUUCUUACAACCCCAACAACAAGUGUAACAACUACUCCUGUGACCGCCCAAAAUACCACAACUACGUCAUCAACUACCCCUACCCCAGUUCCAACCACCAACCUCACAACUGCUAGUACCACCACGCCCACAUCCUCUACCACAGCCUCUACCACAGCCACUACCACGCCUACAGGAAUUAAUGUGACAGUAUCAAUGAGAUUAGACUUGGAAUUCACUGAAGACUUGAACGAUAAAUCGAGUUCUGCAUACAAAGAGCUUGAAUCAAGGAUUAAUUCAGUGUUACAGAGCCAUUACAGCGGCAUCAAUGGGCUUAUCAGACCUUUUGUAACAGGAUUCAGACCAGGAAGUGUUAUCGCAGAUUUUGUAGUUCAGGUAACAGAAGUGAAUGCAACUGAAAUAGCUGAAGCAAAUAAAAACCUCCCAGAAGCCAUGGAGUCAGUUGCGGCUGUCAUUGAGCCAGUUGUUGCACAGGUCAAAAGUCCAACUCCACUCAAAGUUCCAGACUUGACUUAUACCGGUCAAACCAUGACACUAACGUGUGACAGCCCCGGCACUGAUGUGGGAACAAUUUCUGGUUCUGUGUGGAAAUUUAAAGGGCUAAAAAUUACUUCAGACAGAAUUAAAGCAACCACCAUUGGCAAUCAGUCCACGCUUACAGUUAACAACGUCAUUCCUGCUGAUGCUGGACUCUACGAAUGUACACUGGAGGGCACAGCUAUGCAUUUUAUCCGAACGGGAGUUGUGACAAAUGCUGCAAUCAGAGACGCUCCUAUUGUGCGACUUCAGAGUAGAAUUUCCGUUAAAUGCGAAGACGGAGCGGUGCAACCACUUCAGUGUUGUGUGCAGUCCUCCUACUCAGUCGGAUGGUUUGACGGCACGAGCCUUUUAUCGUCACGUCCUGUUGAAGGCAACUGCAUCCAGUAUGAUUACACAAUAGAAAACUGCAACGGAUCACAGACAAGAGAAAGCAUUUUCACAUGUAGGGUUGAUGACCUCGAUGGCUUUGAACAGACGACAACAUUGACCAUAUUCGUCGAAUCUGCUGCUUGCAACGACACUCAGUAUGGGACUGGACGAGAAGGCGACAGAGCGAGCAUAAGGUGUGAUGAGGAUCAAGAGGGGGCAAAGACGGCACGGUGUCAGAACGGACAGUGGAGACUUGAGCAAGACACCUGCAUUAUAAUAGAAAUCAAGAGAUUAUUGAUUGGUUCGCAGGACCUGAUUUUGGAAACAGUGCCAGAAUUUGUUGGGAAUCUUAGUGCGACUGUCAAGGAAGAAGAAGCAGAAGUUUCAAAUUCAUCUGAGACAAUAUCUGCGAUUGUUGACAUCAUAAACACCGUCGCUAAUGUAACAACGGUUGUCAAUGAAAAUGUCAUGCAGGAUGUACUAGAAACCGUUGAUGUCAUCAUUGGUAACGACGCAGUCGAGUCCUGGGCGUUUCUGAAUGCAAAUGAAACCAGAAACGCCAGCUCAGAACUGCUGGGUUCACUGGAGACACUCUCCGAUAGACUGGACGGGACGUUUACGAUUAACACUGAACGGAUCCAGCUCAACAGAACUGUGUUCAGUAACUCUUUUAAUGCAAUGCUGAACUCCAGCGUGGCCAUAAAUAUUCCAAACACUAACUUUUCCAACGUCUUCAUCACCACCAUCGUUCUCUCCACCCUUAAUAACGUUAUGCCAACAAGGAACUCCUCCUUCGAUGUCAGCCUCUUCAACGCUACCGCCAAUGAAACUGCCCCUGACAACGCCAUCAACGCUGCUGUGCUGCUUGUGACAAUAAAUCAAACAAUUUCGAACGUCACUCUGAGCUACAACAAGUUAAACGAAUCGCUGUCACUGAACCCGCAGUGUGUCUUCUGGAAUUUCACACUUUUUGAUAACCUUGGCGCUUGGGAUGAUGAGGGCUGUUUGUUUGUUUCCGACAUAAAUAACACAGUAACCUGCACCUGCAACCACCUGACGUCCUUCUCAAUACUGAUGGCAACUGACGUCCCUCCAUCAAUAAGAGAAGCCUUGGAUAUAAUCACUUAUAUUGGAGUUGGAAUAUCUCUGGCAAGCUUAGUCAUAUGUCUCAUCAUUGAAGGAUACGUUUGGAAGGACAUCACCAGAAACAGCACUGCCUUCAUGCGUCACGUGUCCAUCGUUAACACCGCGCUGUCUCUGCUGAUCGCUAACAUCUGUUUUAUCAUUGGUGCCUCCAUCGCUAAGAACCCCCUUGAAGAUCCAGGAGAGGACUACACAGUUCCAGUUGGACCAUGUAGCACGGCAACAUUUUUCAUGCACUUUUUCUACCUUGCUCUGUUCUUUUGGAUGCUUGUGUCAGGCCUUCUGCUCUUUUACAGAACAGUUAUGGUCUUUUCGCACAUGUCAAAGUCAGUCAUGUUGGCCAUUGGCUUCAUUUUGGGUUACGGCUGCCCUCUGAUUAUAGCCGUUAUUACGGUUGCCGUCACAGCACCAGGAAACGGAUACAUAAGGACAAACGAAGCUUGUUGGCUCAACUGGAUCAAGACAAAAGCCCUGCUGGCCAUGGUGAUACCUGCCUUGACCAUAGCUUUCAUUAAUGUUUUGAUCAUCAUCGUGGUCUUGUUCAAAAUGCUGAGGCGAGGUGUGGGGGAUGCUGCCCAGACAGAUGAAAAGCAUACCCUGGUGGUCAUCAUAAGAUGUUUGGUCAUUUUGACUCCGUUGUUUGGGGUGACCUGGUCUUUGGGAGUGGGAACCAUGAUAUCGCCAACAAAUAUAGGAAUCCAUAUUUCCUUUGCAUUCUUCAAUUCAUUACAGGGUUUCUUCAUUUUAGUGUUUGGAACAUUACUGGAUUCAAAGAUCCGUGCUAUCCUCUCAAGAAAGACACCCACACCGACCUCUGGCUCUAACCAAACAAGAAGCACAAGUGGUGGCAUUUCCUCUUUCGGUGGGAUGAAUUUGAUAAAUCGACUCCGUGGAAGAAGAGAAAUCUACCAUGUUUCAAACGCUUCAAACUCCAAUGGCAGUGGUGCAUCAGAGACAUUUAUUAAUAUAAAUGACUAGUGCUCAAUAAUGAUUCAUUUAUUUUAUUAUAAAAACAGCUAUGCGGAAGGAAAGCAAGUGCAAUAUAUCUUAAACGUAAAGUGCAGUGAAACAAUCUUGUGAAUGAAGCUGUGAAAUAAUAUUGUUUCAGAGCUGCCACUUGCUCAUACUUGAAGCAGUGUUUGGUAACACGUAUGUUGCACAACCACCAGAGCAGUUAGUAAGGAACUUGUUAGAAGGCUGCAACUCGUAUAAAGUAUUGUCAUGACGAAAUGUCGGCAUUACUAUGUCCCUUAAGCAGAAGCAGAUGACCCUAGACUGCUACUGAAGAAGCUGAUGAUUGGACAAAGUACAACUCAGCACUUUGUGCACAUUGUCGUGAAAUGUUAACA